AUGUCUGUUAUAUACGACUUCACGGGUAAAGUAGUGUUGAUAACGGGCUCGAGUUCGGGCAUCGGUGCGGCCACUGCUGUCCAAUUCGCCAAAGCCGGCGCCCAAGUAGUGGUCACCGGACCUCCUGAUCGUCUACCCAUAGAUACGGCCAAAGAGUGUCUGAAAGUAUCGCCGAAAGGGUUGAAAGCACUGGAAGUGACGGCAGAUGUGACCAAACGGGAAGACAUGCGACGACUCGUCGACCAGACUAUUAAACAUUUCGGUAAACUUGAUAUUCUCGUCAAUAACGCCGGCGCAGGACUUAAUGCCAGACCAACUGAUGAGGACUUUUACGAGAAAUACGAGAAAGUGAUGGCAAUUAAUCUCAAUUCUGUCGUCUAUUUAACGCAUAUUUGUGUCGAGAAUUUGGAGAAAACUAAAGGAAAUAUUAUUAAUAUUUCGAGUAUUGGCGGAAAGAGAGCC